CGCACGGCAGUCGCACUGAGUGCAUGUCAUUUCUAAUGGGACUGUGUUUACUGUCCAUAUUACAAUAAUAUUAAGGAUAUUAUUAGUUAUGCGUUAUUAAUCGUGCGUGUAAAGACAUGAGCACCAGAAACAGAUCCCCACCGGACUGAUCAAUAACAAACAUCAUUCAUCAGGACCACUAGCUGUACACCUGGACGGGUGCGAAGGCAAGCACAAGAAGGUGCAUUAAUAGUCCAAACAAGUGGAGAUAUUACUCUAUAUUCUGCUGUAAUUGAAAUAUUGUGUGUUUACAUUCGCUAUCCUGGACCUGAUUUGAAUAGCACAGUUGAGCAUCAGAGGACUUUAUUGAGUUGCCCGUCAUCAGUCAAUAGCUGGAUCCGGACACAAUGGAUCUUACACCGGUCGCGCUUCUCGUGUCCCUCAUCUCCGUGUCUCUGUCUGCGGAUAACGCGGGCGGUAAAGCGCGGAGCUGCGCGGACGUGCGGCACUUCUACAGCGGGAAAGGGUUCACGUUAAACGGAGUCCCGCAGUCCGAGAUAUCAGGGGAACAUCUUCGAAUCUGUCCGCAGGGCUACACCUGCUGCACCAGUGCCAUGGAGGAGACGUUGUCAAACCUGAGCCGCCGGGAGUUUGAGGGUCUGGUCAGGGAAGCAGGACGCUCCAUACAGGCCUCGCUCAAUGCCCAGUACAGAACAUUCGACACCUACUUCCUGGAACUUCUAAAUGGCUCUGAACGGUGGCUGGAGGAGGCUUUCGUGGCAGCUCUGGGGGAUCUGUACCGGCCUAACGCGGGAGUGUUUCGCGAUCUCUAUGCUGACCUGCGGCGGUAUUACAGCGGCACUGCUCUAAACCUCGAGGAGGUUUUGGACGAGUUCUGGAUGAGGCUCCUGGAACGUCUUUUGAAGGUGUCCGACCCCGAGACCGCCUCCCUGCUCUCUGAUGACUUCCUGGAGUGUGCCUCCAAGCAAACAGAGACCUUGCGUCCUUUUGGUGAUGCUCCGCGAGAACUGAAGUCCAAGCUGGUGCAGGCUUUCAUUGCCGCUCGGGCGUUUGUCCAAGGCCUUAAUGUGGCGGGAGAGAUUGUACGGAAGGUGUCUCAGGUUCCUCUGAGUCCGGAGUGUAAUCGUGCCAUUAUGAAGCUGGUGUACUGCCCGCAUUGUCGAAGCCUUGGUUCAGUCAAACCUUGCGUCAACUACUGCAAGAACGUCAUGAAGGGCUGCCUGGCCAAUCAAGCUGACCUAGACACUGAGUGGCAGAGCCUUUUAGAAACCAUGCUACAGGUGGCCUCCAGUUUUGGUGCCGAGCCCAGUAUGGACACGGUGAUCUAUUCCAUUCCUGUGAGAAUCUCAGAGGCUGUUCUCACCAUGCAGGAGAAUAUGGAGAUCUAUAAAAGCAAGGUUUUUAAGGUUUGUGGGGACCGUGGUGAGGAAGGCACACCGAGCUCAGUAUCUGAUGAGCCAAAAAAGAAAGCAAACACAGUAACAGCCCUUGAAUAUAAACCCAUCCCCAAAGCUGCAGCCAGACUUGAGGUACAGGUCACAGAUGUGUCCAGUAAACUGAAGGAAAUGCAGUUGUAUUGGAUCCAGCUCCCCUCCGCUCUCUGCAGUGGAAAAACAGCAUCUACGGCCAGCAGUGACAAAUGUUGGAAUGGCAUGACCAAAGCUAGUUACCUCCCAGACGUCAUGGGCGAUGGACUAGCCAAUCAGAUUAAUAACCCAGAGGUGGACAUUGACAUCACCAAACCAGACAGGAUUAUACGUCAACAGAUUAUGCUGCUGAAGAUCAUGUCUAAUCGCCUGAAAAACGCCCUCAAUGGCAACGAUGUGGAUUUUCAAGACACAAGUGAUGAUUUCAGUGGCUCAGGAAGUGGUACGUGUGCGGACCACCUUUGCGUCCACGGUAGGCCACCAGUCUUUGGGCCGAAAACUGACAGGCCCAAACUCUACGCCUAUGGCCCUGAAAACAAAAAAGUCAAAAGCAAUGGCAACCAGAUUCAGCCUUCUAUCAUCUUACUGGUUGUGUUACUUGCAAGUCUGCUGCUGAGACGGUAAUGGAGACACAGUACCACUAAAUCAAACUUUGGAAUCCGGAUCAGGAAAUUUGGAUAGGGUGGAGACAGAACAUGGAAUGUUAUAAAUAAAAGGAUUAGAAAAAAUGAGAAAUGGUGAGCUAUUAAAAUUGCCAAAAGAAAAAACAAAACCAUGCGAGUGAAUGGACAUUUUAUUUCCUGACAUGAAAAUAGCUGGAAAUGGAAUUUUGUUUUUUGUUUUUGUUAUGUUUUGUAAUACACGUCAGAAUUUAAGCACUGACUUGUUGCAUCAAUUGACAUCUUGCUUUUUUUUUUUUAACCUUUGAAUGUAAAAAGAUGAACUGGAUAGGAAGAAUUCUGUUUUAAAUUAAAGGGGUCAUGACAUGAGAAACCAAAUUUGCCUUGAUCUUUUGGUAUAUAAGAGGUCUUUGUAUCAUUAAAACGUCCUGCAAGUUUAAUAUUUUAAGACGUCCUCCCCAUUCUAAACGAAUCAUUUAUUUAAUCAAGCUCAAAAUACAGCUCGUUCUGGAUUCAUGGUUAGAAGUGGCGUGUCGGUUAGAAGUGACGUACCAGCGUUUGCAUAUGACCGCCUCCAGCACAAGAUAACUACGCUUUAAGCGCAAGACUACGCUCAUUUCAGUAUCGCCGUGCGCCUCACAAGUGUUCAGUCGAUGGACAGCGAGCUCUGACAGAGACUACUUGUGCACAGGAAAAUUACGA